CAGAGAGUGGAGAGUGCAGAGCUUUGCUGUUUGCUGUUUAAUUCUUUUAAUUCCACUACGGGUGUUGUGCGUCUAUUCAAAUGAAGCUAUAAAUACUGGAAUAUUCACAUCGGGCUCCAGUGAAGAGUUUAUAGAAGGACAGCGAGAACAUGAGUGAUCCAGAACCCUGCAAAAUUAAAAAUGAAGACUCUGAACAACAAAUAGACCUAAUUGAAGAGAAUGAGGGGAGUAAAGAGGAGGAACAUCUUGUCAAAAUUGAGGAAAAAACUAAUUUACAGACUGAUGUUUUUUUGAAAAGGAGAGACAAGAAUCGUUUCACCUGCACUCAGUGUGGAAAGAGUUUGGCAGACAAAAGCAAACUUAAAAUUCACAUGAGGAUCCACACUGGAGAGAAACCAUUCACAUGCACUCAUUGUGGGAAGAGUUUCAGCCAAACCUCAAACCUUAAUCAACACAUGAGGAUCCACACUGGAGAGAAACCAUUCACUUGCACUCAGUGUGGGAAGAGUUUCAUCCGCUUAUCAUACCUUAAUCAGCACAUGAGGAUCCACACUGGAGAGAAACCAUUCACAUGCACUCAGUGUGGAAAGAGUUUCAGGAUAUCAUCAUCCCUUAAUCUACACAUGAGGAACCACACUGGAGAGAAACCAUUCACUUGCACUCAGUGUAGGAAGAGUUUUAACUGCUCAUCGCACCUUAAUAAACACAUGUGGAACCACACUGGAGAGAAACCAUUCACAUGCACUCAGUGUGGGAAGAGUUUCAGCCGAUCAUCAUCCCUUAAUCAACACAUGAUGAUCCACACUGGAGAGAAACCAUUCACUUGCACUCAGUGUGGGAAGAGUUUUAACAGCUCAUCACACCUUAUUCAGCACAUGAGAAUCCACACUGGAGAGAAACCAUUCUCAUGCACUCAGUGUGGGAAUAGUUUUAACAGCUCAUCAGACCUUAAUAAGCACAUGAGGAUCCACACUGGAGAGAAACCAUUCUCAUGCACUCAGUGUGGGAAGAGUUUCAGCCAAUCCUCAUCCCUCAGUCACCACAUAAGGAUCCACACUGGAGAGAAACCAUUCACAUGCACUCAGUGUGUGAAGAGUUUUAGCCAAUGGUCAUCCCUUAAUCACCAUAUGAGGAUCCAUGCUGGAGAGAAACCAUUCACAUGUUCAAUGCUAAAAUAUGUCACAAAAAAUGACGAGGUGGCAUCAUCCAACACUAAUCCAGAGGUAUCCAGUAGUUGCACAGAUGCAGAACCAGGAUGCAGCACUGGUGACUGUCCUUCCACCAGCUAUGCAGAUGCUCAGUCAAUUGCAAACGAACUCUGUGAGACCCUAAACAUAGAGCCUGAGCUUAAAGAGAAGCGGCUGAGAAGCAUGAAAAGACAUUUUGCCUACGAGACUGCAGAUGAGCCCAUCAGUGAUGCCCUCAAAAAGCUUAAGGAGAUGACCUCCUAUGGGUGA